AUGUUAGGAAAAGGAGAUGCAUAUAAUGAAAAAACAAACGACGAUUUCGAAAAAUGGAAGGAAGAUUUAUGGAAUGUGUUAAACUAAAAAUACCAAUUAUAGGAAAUCUCCAUAUAGUAAUUAUAUGAAUAAAAUUCUCCUUAUAUAAUUGAAAAUAAUAAUGAUUUAAGUGUAGUAAAUAUUGAUGAAAUAAAAAUAAAUAAUGAAAAUGAAAGUUUGUAUGAAAAUAAAUUAAAUGAUUAUUUCUAAGCCUAAAAUUUACCGAUUCUUAGUGUUUAAUAAUUCAAUAAUCGUUUAAAUAUAUAAUUAGAUUUAAAAGAUUCAUCUUUUAAAUAUUAAACAGCGGGAAAUUUAGUUGUUUUUCCUGAAAAUGAUAUUAAUUCAGUUAAUUAAUUUGCCGAAAUGCUAAAACUUAAUCUCGAUUAAAUAUUUGUACUGAAAAAAAAGUAAGAAAAUAUAAAACUACCAUUUCCAACUCCUAUAAAAAUAGUUACUUUUUUGCAAAAAUUUUGUGAUUUUAAAGGAUCUAUUAAUAAAUUACAAGUAUAGGCAUUAAUAAUGCAUACAAAAUAUGAAAACGAUUCAAUUUUUUUAUAAGAUUAAAGUGUAUUCAGUAAAUAUUUUUAGCUUGAUAGUUAUAUUCCUUAUGUAUUUGUAGGGCCUGGAGCUGGUAUUGCCCCUUUUAGAGCUUUUUUACUUGAAAAAGAAUAUCUUUAAAAUUUUAAAGGCGAUUGUUAUGUGUACUUUGGCUGUAGAAAUUAAGAAGAUUUUAUUUAUAAAGAAGAUUUAGAAAGGUUUAAAAAUAAAGAAAUUUGCAAAACCCUAAAAGUUGCAUUUUCAAAAGAAAGAAACUAAGAAUAUGUAUAAAAUGCAAUGAAAAAUGAUUUAGACAUGUUAACUGAAAUUCUUAUUAACAAAAAUGGGGUUUUAUGUAUUUGUGGAAGUAGCAAAAUGGGUGAAGAUAUAAAAAAUUUGAUUGUUUAAAUAUUUUAAGAAAAUGGUAAGAUUAUGCCUUAUUAAGCAUUUCUUAAAGUUUAAGAAAUGUAGUCUUAAAAUAAAUUCUUAAUGGAAGUAUGGGGUUGA